UAUGUAAAGCAUAGCAUGUUGGAAUGAGGACAAAGUAAAACCCGAAUUCACUACAUUGUCAUUAGUUUAGGAACAAACGCCAAAAUGGUGAAGGAGCAGUUUAGAGAGACAGAUGUGGCCAAAAAAAUAAGCCACAUCUGCUUUGGGAUGAAAUCUGCCGAGCAGAUGCGUCAGCAGGCCCACAUUCAGGUGGUCAGUAAGAAUCUGUACAGCCAGGACACCAAACACUCUCCACUACCGUAUGGAGUGUUGGAUCACCGUAUGGGCACCAGUGAGAAGGACCGACCGUGUUUGACAUGUGGGAAGAACCUGGCGGAUUGUUUGGGACAUUAUGGCUACCUGGAUCUGGAGCUGCCGUGUUUUCACGUCGGAUAUUUCAAAGCCAUCAUUGGAAUCUUACAGAUGAUUUGUAAAACCUGUUCUAGUAUAAUGCUGACCCGAGAGGAGAAGCUGCAGUUCAUAGAUCACUUGAAGCGACCCAACCUGGCCUACCUCCAGAAGCGAGGGCUGAAGAAAAAGAUCUCUGAAAAAUGCCGCAAAAGGACAAUCUGUCUGAGCUGCUCGGCCUUUAAUGGGCCAGUGAAGAAGUGUGGCCUGUUGAAGAUCAUCCAUGAGAAGUAUAAAACAUCCAAGAAGACGGUGGAUCCAUUUGUGUCCGAGUUUCUCCAGUCUUUUGACACAGCCCUUGAACACAACAAAGUGUUGGAACCGCUACUCACAAGGGCACAGGAAAAUCUGAACCCUCUGGUGGUGCUGAACCUGUUUAAGAGGAUUCCCCAGGAGGACGUGCCCCUGCUGCUGAUGAACCCGGAGGCAGGAAAACCCGCAGACCUGAUCCUCACCCGUCUGCUCGUGCCGCCCCUCUGCAUACGACCGUCUGUGGUCAGCGACCUGAAGUCAGGCACCAACGAGGAUGAUCUCACCAUGAAGCUCACAGAGAUCAUCUUCCUCAACGAUGUCAUCAAAAAGCAUCGUAUGACGGGGGCUAAGACUCAGAUGAUCAUGGAGGACUGGGACUUUCUCCAGCUGCAGUGUGCUCUGUAUAUCAACAGCGAGCUCUCAGGGAUUCCCCUCAACAUGGCACCAAAGAAGUGGACCAGAGGGUUCGUCCAGAGGCUGAAGGGAAAACAGGGUCGGUUCAGAGGAAACCUCUCAGGGAAGAGAGUGGACUUCUCUGGAAGAACCGUCAUUUCUCCAGAUCCAAACCUGAGGAUCGAUGAAGUGGCUGUUCCCGUACACGUCGCCAAAAUCCUCACCUACCCAGAGAAGGUGAACAAAGCCAAUUUGGAGCUCAUGAGGAAACUUGUCCGUAACGGUCCAGAUGUUCAUCCCGGAGCAAACUUCAUCCAGAAUCGACACACACAGAUGAAAAGAUUUUUGAAGUAUGGAAACCGUGAGAAGAUCGCCCAGGAGCUGAGGUUUGGUGAUGUGGUUGAAAGGCACCUGAUAGAUGGAGACAUCGUCCUGUUCAAUCGACAGCCCUCUUUGCACAAACUCAGCAUCAUGGCCCACAUCGCCAGAGUCAAACCUCACAGAACGUUUCGGUUCAACGAGUGCGUGUGCACACCGUACAAUGCCGACUUCGACGGCGACGAAAUGAACCUCCAUCUGCCUCAGACCGAAGAAGCUAAAGCUGAGGCUCUGGUCCUCAUGGGGACAAAAGCCAACCUCGUGACUCCCCGAAACGGCGAACCUCUGAUUGCUGCUAUCCAGGACUUCCUGACAGGGGCGUACCUGUUGACCCUGAAGGACACCUUCUUCGACAGAUCAAAAGCCUGUCAGAUAGUGGCUUCAAUCCUAGUGGGAAAAGAUGAAAAAGUCAGGAUCACUCUCCCUCAUCCAGCUAUAAUGAAGCCCGUGGCUCUGUGGACGGGCAAGCAGAUCUUCAGCCUCAUUCUGAAGCCAGGGAAGGACUGUCCAGUCAAGGCGAACCUGAGAACCAAGGGCAAACAGUACUGUGGCAAAGGAGAGGACCUCUGUCACAAUGACUCAUUCGUCGUGAUCCACAACAGUGAGCUGAUGUGUGGGAGCAUGGACAAAGGCACCUUGGGAUCCGGCUCAAAGAACAAUAUCUUCUACAUCUUGCUGAGAGACUGGGGGCAGCUGGAGGCUGCUAACGCGAUGUCCCGCCUCGCAAGACUCGCCCCGGUAUUUCUCUCCAACCGGGGAUUCUCAAUCGGCAUCGGCGACGUGACACCCGGUCAAGGUCUGCUGAAGGCCAAACAGGACCUGCUGGACGACGGCUACGGGAAGUGUGACGAAUACAUCGAAGCUCUGGACACGGGAAAACUCCAGCAGCAGCCGGGGUGCACGGCCGAGGAAACACUGGAGGCUCUGAUCUUGAAAGAGCUGUCCGUCAUCAGAGACCGAGCCGGUAGCGCCUGCCUCAGGGAGCUAGACAAGAGCAACAGCCCUCUGAUCAUGGCCCUCUGUGGCUCCAAAGGAUCCUUCAUUAAUAUCUCUCAGAUGAUCGCCUGUGUCGGCCAGCAGGCCAUAAGUGGCUCUCGAGUCCCCAAUGGUUUUGAGAACCGCUCCCUUCCCCACUUUGAAAAACACUCAAAACUGCCUGCUGCUAAAGGCUUUGUGGCGGACAGCUUCUAUUCAGGUUUGACUCCCACCGAGUUUUUUUUCCACACCAUGGCCGGCAGAGAGGGCUUAGUGGACACUGCUGUGAAAACUGCAGAGACCGGCUACAUGCAGCGACGUCUGGUGAAGUCUCUGGAAGACCUGUGCUCACAGUACGACCUGACAGUACGGAGCUCCACCGGUGACAUCAUCCAGUUUAUUUAUGGAGGUGAUGGCCUGGACCCGGCUGCCAUGGAGGGAAAGGAUGAACCACUGGAGUUUAAGAGAGUCUUGGACAACAUUCGGGCCGUUUACACAUGUCCAGACGAGCCGGCACUCAGCCAGAAUGAGCUGGUCCUCACCGCAGACGCCAUCAUGAAGAGAGCCGACUUCCUGUGCUGCAGGGACAGCUUCUUGGAGGAGAUCAAGAAAUUCAUUAAAAGUGUCUCAGAAAGGAUCAAGAAGACCCGAGACAAGUACGGCAUCAACGACAACGGCACCAGUGAACCAAAGGUUCUGUAUCAGCUGGAUCGCAUAACGCCAACUCAGCUGGAGAAGUUCCUUGAAACCUGCAGAGAUAAGUACAUGAGAGCUCAGAUGGAGCCCGGCUCUGCGGUAGGGGCCCUCUGCGCUCAGAGUAUUGGAGAGCCCGGUACCCAGAUGACGCUGAAGACCUUCCACUUUGCCGGUGUAGCAUCUAUGAAUAUCACACUGGGGGUGCCUCGGAUCAAAGAGAUCAUCAACGCCUCAAAGAACAUCAGUACACCUAUAAUCACAGCUCAUCUGGAUGUGGAGGACGACGCUGACUUCGCCCGACUGGUGAAAGGAAGGAUCGAGAAAACUCUUCUCGGAGAGAUUUCCGAGUACAUAGAAGAAGUGUUCCUCCCGGACGACUGCUUCAUCUUGGUGAAAUUAUCACUGGAGAGAAUACGGCUGUUGCGACUCGAGGUAAACGCAGAAACGGUUCGUUACUCCAUCUGCAUGUCGAAACUGCGAGUGAAACCAGGAGACAUCGCUGUGCACGGUGAAGCUAUAGUGUGUGUUUCUCCGCGAGAAAACAGUAAAAGCUCCAUGUACUACGUUCUGCAGUCUUUAAAAGAAGAACUUCCCAAGGUGGUGGUUCAAGGAAUACCGGAGGUGGCCCGAGCCGUCAUUCAUAUCGAUGAACAGAGCGGAAAGAAUAAAUACAAACUCCUGGUGGAGGGCGACAACCUGAGAGCUGUCAUGGCAACGCACGGAGUGAAAGGAAGUAGGACAACUUCUAACAACACCUACGAGGUGGAGAAGACGUUGGGUAUCGAAGCCGCUAGAUCCACGAUUAUUAAUGAGAUCCAAUAUACGAUGGUGAAUCACGGGAUGAGUAUCGAUCGGCGUCAUGUCAUGCUGCUGGCAGACCUCAUGUCCUACAAGGGGGAGAUUCUGGGCAUCACCAGGUUCGGUUUGGCCAAAAUGAAGGAGAGUGUUCUCAUGCUGGCGUCCUUCGAGAAAACAGCCGACCAUCUGUUCGACGCCGCCUACUUCGGUCAAAAGGAUUCAGUCUGCGGUGUGUCUGAGUGUAUCAUCAUGGGAAUCCCCAUGAACAUCGGUACAGGACUGUUCAAGCUCUUACACAAAGCCGACAAAGACCCGUCUCCGGUCAGAAGACCCCUCCUCUUUGAUCACGCAGACUUUCACAUACCUCUGAUCACAUAACAGCAGUGGGA